AUGUCAACAUUAUUUUUUAAUUUCGGCAACAAAAAUCGUUGGUUUUGUUGCAAAUUGUGUGUAUUUAUUUUAUUUUUUUAUAUUGUUACUCUCCACAUUUUGCUUUUAAUUUAUCGGAGAGAUUUAGAAUGGAUGCCUCCUAGACCAGAUGAUUUAAGUUAUGCAACUGACUCUCCCAGUAAAAAACAUCCAGACGGACCGUUACUAAUGAGUGAUGGAUUACUUUUUGUUGGAACAACAAAAGAAAAAUCUAAAAAAUUAAAUAAAGAAAAUCAUAAUGUUGAAUAUAAAAUUAGAGAAAUGCCGACAAAGAAUUUAAAAAAGCCAAUUAAACCAUUGCCGAUAAGUCAGUCUUUUUUGAAUGUAAGUACCUCUACUAUAAAUUAA